AUGGCGGACGCAUUGGCUGGUGCUGUGCCGCCCCCUUUCACGCUGGACAGCGGAACCGCCAUCUCUCUGGGUAUCGCCUUCGCACUGAUGCCCCUGGCUCAAGGUCUGGCUGCUACUUUCCUGCCUCCAGCAACACCCAGGAAGCACUACUGGCUUUUCCUGUGGCAUGCAUACGAUUUCCUCACCCAUUUCAUCAUCGAAGGGAGCUUUCUCUACCACUGCUUUUUCUCCUACAUCGAAUUGGCCGCGAAAGAAGGUGCAGAGUCGUCAAGAGGAGGCAGCAACAUCCCAGUACUGUUCGACCGGCCAGAUCGCCAGUAUGGAGCUCUGUCUUCGUCUGGCCCCAUGGCGAGACUGUGGGCGGAAUACGCAAAGGCAGACUCGCGAUGGGGAGGUGCAGACUUGAUGGUCAUUUCUGUCGAGCUUGUCACUGUACUCCUCGAUGGGCCAGGGGCAGUGUAUAUUUGCUAUCUAAUCUCCAAGAUUGCGAACCUGAAAGAUCCUGCACUGCAAGGCCAAUACCUGUCCCGCCUCUGGUUUGUUGCGAUUGUGGUCGCAACCCUCGAAUUGGUGGGCGGGUGGUAUACUUUUGCACCUGAAUGGCUCAGUGGGAAUCACAGCUUAGCUGGGGAUGACCCAGUGUACUUGUGGCUGUACCUUGUAUUUUUCAACACGCUCUGGGUCUUUAUACCAUGCUGGGUGCUAUUUCUGGCCUACAGCGAACUUUGCAAGGCUUUUACUGAAACCAACAGUGUCACAUCAGCCAAAAAGCUCAAAUAG